AUGUCCCUGUCUAAGACCCCACCGAAGUCAGUAACCGAGCUACUAAUUCGAGCUAAAACGUACAUUAAUAUGGAAGAAACCAUGGUCCCAAAAAGAGAAGUUUCCUCAUCAGGAAAGUCUGAUCAGAAAAGACCGCACGAGUCUAGUCUGAGACAAGAUGUACCUCGGGUCAAGCUGAGACAGGACCCCUCCUCAACCUCCUUUACCCGUUUGAACACCUUGAGGUCCAACAUUCUAAUGGAGAUCAAGGAUUCAAAGGAGCUGAAGUGGCCUCCCAGGUUGCGGUCUCCACUCGAUACUCGUGAUAAGAGUAAGUACUGUGAUUUCCAUAGAGAUCAUGGACAUGCAACGGAGGAUUGUUUCACUUUGAAGUGGGAGAUUGAAACUAUUAUAAAAAGGGGAUUUUUGGGCUCUUACAUUAGUAAUGACAAGCGCCCAAGAAAUUAUCAGAAUAGAGACAAGGACCCAGAGGGUCGGGGAAACAAGCAACCAACCGCAGGUAUUAUCGAUAUCAUUGUCGGAGGAAUAUCCUCGGGUGGAGAUUCGAGUAGCGAGCAUAAACAAUAUGCCAGGCAGCCUCCAGCCAUCUCAAAAUCAGACCUUAGUUCUACAGAGGACAUCACUCUUGGAACAGGGGACUUGGAUGGCAUAACAUUCUCUCAUGAUGAUGCUCUGGUCAUAUUGGUCAUCAUCGCCAACUUUGAAGUUAAGAGAACUCUGGUAGACAACGGAAGUGCGGCUAAUGUACUUUCUCAUGUAGCCUUUGUUCAAAUGGGGAUCUCAUCGGAACAACUUAGGCUGGUGAAAACGCCUCUCCAAGGGUUUGGAGGUGGGGUUAUCACCUCGGAAGAUAUCGUCGGGUUGCCUUUAACAUUAGGGACAGAAGGUAAACAAGUGACGCAAAUCACCACUUUCGAAGUUGUCCGUACUCCAAUGGCCUACAACGCCAUAUUGGGAAGACCACUGCUCAAUAGAAUUCGAGCUAUUGUCUCAACUUUCCACUUGGCUAUGAAGUUUCCUACGAGUAAUGGAAUCGGGAUAGUUCGAGGCAGCCAAAUAGUAGCAUGA